UGCUGGGCGUUGUUGAUUUUGUUGUGAAUAGCCAGUAACUAUUUUGUUUAUAAUUUCUUAUAAAAGAUUGGGCAUUAACAACAUUUUAUUACUGAUUUUUUUUGGGCAAAUUGAUUGUAGGUCGCUUUCCCCUCCAAAUAUGAUUAGUUAUGCGAUUCCUUUUUUCAUUAUUUUAACAUUUUUGUGUGAAAGCUGUAGAACGCUUGAAUGUUAUGUAUGUGAUAAACAAGAAGAUAAUAAGGGCAAAUGUGUUAGAACAAUACAAACUUGUAAAUAUGGGGAAGAUGUAUGCUUGACAGAAAUAAGUUGGGGCACAACUCCAUACUUUCAAGAAGGAGCCCUGAAGCAAUAUUACAUAUCAAAGAGGUGUUCAACAAAUGAUAAAUGUGCAAAGUAUAGGAGUAGUAAUAUGGCAACCUGUACUCACAUUUGGUAUGAAGAUUGGAAAUGUUCCGAGUGUUGUAAAGGAGACAGGUGCAAUUAUUACAUAAUUUCACGGGCCAUGUAUUUAGGAAGUUUUGUUAUGUCUUCUACAUUAUUAUUGGCACUUGCAUUAGGUCUGGGAUUUUUAUGAUAGCCAUAGUCAAAUAAUUAACACCUGCCAUUAAAAUGUUUCAUUACCAAGGGAAGAAGAAGAAGAAUCUUUCUAAAGCACAUUUUUGACAUAUAUGUAAAAUCUCUUUGACUAUAGACCAUAGUAUUUUUUCUAAAGUACUCAAGUCUUUGAAAAAGUUUCAAAAUAUUUUAUGUUAUAAAUUUAAUGUUACCACCUUAUUUAUUGCUGUACUUUAAUUUUAAGUUCCAUUUUAAAAAUCUUGAAACAGGAUACAUCAAAUGUUAUUUAGCAGUUUAUGUUUUGCUGGAAAAUUAAUUUAAGUUACUAUUGUACUUCAGCGUUUCUAUAUUCCGUCCAUGUAAGGCUGUUACUUAGUUUUAAGGUGAAUUUUAUACAAAGCAAUUUUGUUUGUCCAACUUACGUUAAAUUUUUUCAUUUUAAUAUAAUAUGUGUGUAAUUAUGUAUUUUUAAAAUUGACAUUCAUGUUAUUACAUGUGUUUUUAAGUAA